GCGCGAGCGUAUUUUUGCGGGGGAAACAGACGCGUACGUACCCGGCGACCGCUGCCGUAGUGACGGCUCGUCGAGAGCAGAACGAUGAGUCUACCGAUCAGCAUGUCGGGCGUGCCGUCAUCGACGGCGCCCAUGUCGCACCACGGACCGAUCUUUCUACGCGCCGCCGAGCGCUAUCCUCGCACGCCGAAGUGCGCGCGCUGUCGCAACCACGGCGUCGUGUCGGCGCUAAAGGGCCACAAACGCUACUGCCGCUGGAAGGACUGUGUGUGCGCCAAGUGCACGCUGAUCGCCGAGCGCCAGCGGGUGAUGGCCGCGCAGGUGGCACUGCGGAGACAGCAGGCUCAGGAGGAGAAUGAGGCGCGAGAGCUGGGCUUCCUCUAUAGCACCAGCGAGGGCUUGAUGGCGCUGCAGGGCGGCCUGCCGCAACCGAAGUCCUUCGAGCAUUUCUCUGCGGCGGCGGCUGCGGCGGCGGCGCAACAGCGCGAGGGAUCGCGGAGUCCAGAGGUGCCGUCGAAGCGUUUCCGACUCGACAUGCCCGACAUGCCGUCGUCGCAUCAGUUCCAAGAGGCGCCGAUCCGCGUCGUCUCUCCCGCGGGCUCCGAGAGUCAGGCGAGCGGCCGCGACGACGACGCCGGGGAACUGACCACCGCCGGCUCGCCCGCGCAGCCGGACAGCGGUCAGCCGGAGGAGCGGCGGAGUCCGUCGAGCGGCAGCGACAGUACGGGCACGGAGAGCAGCGAGCGCGCGCUCAGCUCGCCCGCGAUGACCGGCGCAGCAGCGGCAGCGGCGGCGGCGGCGGCGAGCGCCAAACGGCAACCGAUCGACAUCCUCACGCGCAUCUUCCCGACGCAGAAGCGCGGCGUGCUGGAGCUCGUCCUGCAGGGAUGCGGCAACGACGUCGUGCAGGCGAUCGAACAGGUGCUCAACCGCGGCGGCACGGCGGCGGCGGCCGCAGCGGCGGGAAAGCCGAGCUACGCCUCUGCUGCCGCCGCCGCAGCCGCGUCGACGGCCUGCCUCGUCACGCAUAAGCCCUACGAGACGAGCGCGGGACUCAAGUCGGCCUUCUCGCCGAUCGGCAACGGCGUUAACGGCCUCUCGCCGACGCUGACGGCGAGUCGCCUCGCCGCCGCCGCCUACCCGCCGCGCAGCAUGGCGCUGGCGAUGCCCUACCCGGCCGGCUACCUCGCUGCGGGAAUGCGCCCGAUGGACUACCACAGCUACGGCAAUCUGAUGAGCGGCUACGCGGCUGCUGCUGCCGGCGCCGCGGCCGUGGGGGCGCCCAAGCACACAUCAUAUG